UUGGUCAUUGUAACUGUCAGUUCUUAUUUUCCUGACACCUUACAUGUAGAGGAACGCUUCCGAAUUACGAUUUUUUUCCCCCCAUCUAGACGUGGAUGUUGGAAGAAGUAUUCUGCUUGAUUGGCAUGGUUGGCAUUAUUGAUUCGGUAGGCAUAUAGGCUACGUUACUCGACUUAGCUAACCAUUUCAUAAUGUCGUGUGCAGACCUUGGCGAGCGUUUAUGAGGUGAUAAGCUUGCAAUGAUAGCGUGAUAUGUAACUGUCAGGUUAGCGGUCUGUGGAUGCAGAUCACAUAGAAGGAAGUAACGUUAACGCUAGCUGUCGAGCUGCCAUAUCUUCAGACAUACCUUUGACAUUUGUCAGGGGUAUUUUGGCUCUUAAAACAGCACAAGAAGAUAAGCUGUCAUUUAACACGCUCAUGGUUUCCCUCAAACCAAAAUCAACUUGGGUAAGCCUGGCUUUUGAAGCUGUUGUCAAUAACCAGCUAGCUAUCUAUAGCUAGCCAGCUUUACACUGGCAACUGUUGGUGGAAGGCAAGGAUCUGUGAAGCGGGCGAAACGUUGGUCAGCUUGGAACCAUCAGCCUAUGCUUCAAGGCUUGCUUUGACAGUGCGGUCAUGGUGCACUAGCAGUCAGUAUACACUCUCGGUCUGUCAGUGAGAAAGGCAGCUAUGUGUUUAAGUACAAGAAGUAGCUAGCUACACAUUAACGUUACCUAGAGGAAAGAAUUGUGUCGUGGCAUAUAUUACGUUAAGCUAGCAUGUUUGCUGUCAAGUGGUCGGUUUAGCCUUAAUUGAUAGCUAGCGAGCUAUGAAUGAUUGAAAAGCAAUAAAGUAAAUAUUCUUGUUUACUGAUGUGACGUGGUGCAUUUUUGCCACAGAAGACUUGAGUAGCACUGCUCUGACGGACACCGUAAAGUUUGGCUGUAAAAGGUGUUUGGUGUUAACAAAGCGUGUUGUGCUUAUGAUUGUAACUGGACAGUUCAUUUCCCUUGGGAAUUUGAAGUAGCUAACAUUAACGGUUGUGUUGCCAAAGGUAGGACUGUUUAAGUGCAAGCUAACGUCUGCUUUGUGCGGCUCACAUAGGCCACGUCGCUGUUGUUGCUGUUAAGCCUCAGACAGAAGUGUGGGGUUUGUGUGGAUGUUAGCAAGCUCAGUAAGAAACGUACACAUUAGGUAACAGUACCUAAUACGAUAAGUUAAUGAAAACGGAUGUUUUUUUCCAUCUUUUCCCCAAUCCAGACGGGUCUUGUUCAGUAAGCUAAAUGCUGGACAGGGACUAUGUCUUACAAUUAAGAUUGCUAGUGUGAUAGCCUAGCUUGCUUGCUAGAUAACGUCAGCCAGCCAGGCUGGCGGUCAGUACACGGUUAGUAUAUGCGAAGUAACGUUAUUUUUCCUAUUAAAAAAAGGAAAGAUAUUUAUUUAUUGAAAAAAGUACAAUAAAGGUAUGAAGAUGGUAGGGUUCAGCGCAAAUCGUCGAGGAGGCCGUCUGCCGUCCUUCAUCUUUAUCGCCUUGAUGGUGGUUAUCGUCAUCCUGUCUUUCAACUACUGGAGCGUGUCCAACAAACACGGGCGUCUGCUGGACGAGCUGGCCGAGGUACAGACUCAGGUGAAGCGGACGGACGCAGCACGGAGCCGCUUGGAGAAACGCAACUCAGAGUUGAUGGUGCAGGUUGACACGCACAGGAAACAGAUCGAGCAGAAAGAUGGAGACUUCAGCGUGAUAGAAGGGAAACUACAAGCUCGGGAAGCGCUUAUCAAGAAGUGCACCGAUGAUAAGAUGAAGCUCCAGAAUGAUGUCACUAACCAGAUGUCAGAGAUCCAGAGGCUGACAGAGCAGAUGAAGGAGCUGAGGCAGGAGUUCCUGAAGCAGGAGGACCAGCUCCGAGAGGUGAAGAAGAACAGCACCACCGUGGAGAGGAAGCUGGAGUAUGAGAGCCUGCAGUGCGGGCGGCAGAUUGCCCAGCUGAAGGACGAGUACGAGGAGAGCAAGAAGACCCUGGAGGGGCAGGCAGCAGAGCUGAGAAAGUCUCUGGAGAGCCAGCGGGUGGCCGCUGCGGUGGCGGGGGCGGGGGCAGCAGAGGGUGGCACGGAGGGACAGGCAGGGGAAGAGCGCCACACCCAGGCCACCAAGCAGAAGGACGGCACUGACCUCAAAGACGAGAUGGGAAAGCCUGGCAGCGACGCGGGCAUGCCUGGAAUCGAGGACAGUGAAGUGGGAAAAAUGGAAGAAGUGCAGUUUGGUCUGAAGAAGCCCACCAUCACCCAAAAGCAGGCCGCAGACAGCCCGCUGAAGGAGGACCGGGGAGGCAUGGGGGCAGGAGCUGGGCCUGGCGCUGGGGCCGUGGAGGGGGCUGGCGUGGGGAUCUCCCUGGACCGGCCAGACCUCCCGCCGCAGGACAGCGCCCUGGACCUGGAGCACCGUGGGGUCGUCAUGCUGGCCCAACAGCAGGCCCCACAGGCCCAGGGUGACCGGCCCAUACUGUUUGACGAGGACAACAAAGUGAGGGUGCAGGCCGACGAGAUGGGGGAGCAGAGAAGACAGCUGAGAGCUCCUGAUAUAGUGAAGGCUCAGGCUCAGGCUCCGGAGGCCAAAGCCAACCUGCCCAUUCCACCGAACCCGGCCCAGGUGCUGCCCAACCCCAUCGAGCCGCGGCACGGCAGAGACCCCGCACCCGCAGAGCAUCCCCGCCACCGGCAGAGCCGCUUCUUUGAUGAGAAUGAGUCCCCCGUAGAUCCGCAGCACGGCUCUAAGCUGGCAGACUACAACGGGGACGACGGGAACGUGGGCGAGUACGAGGCCGACAAGCAGGCCGAGCUCGCCUACAAUGAGGAAGAGGAUGGUGAUGGUGGGGAGGAAGACGUCCAAGAUGAUGAUGAACGAGAACUGCCAGGUGACAGAGGAGUGGACUACGGCAAACGCCAUCAAGCCAACGAAAUCCUGUAAACGGCUCUUGGGAUAACCGAUCAAAGCCCAGUUGGGCUGCUCGAGAAAUGGAAGAGAACGAAUCCUUGAAAUAAUGGCCUCGAGGUUCACAAGCAGCUUUUUUUUAUCUAAUGAAUUCGGGGUGCCAUCUUUAGACAUUUGAUGCGUAUCACUGGGUCGUGGACAGUGUGAAAAACAUCCCUUUCUGAUGGUGUGGAAAAUGAAAUGGGUGGGGGGGUGGAUCUUAAGAGUUUAUAAUUGAACUAUUGAAGGAGAAAUAACUUGACGUUGGUUUGCAUCAGAAAUGUGAGUAACUUAUUGCCCUUUUUACUUUGUGUUUCUUUCCCUAAAUAGGUAUGACUCCAAAGUGGUAUCGUACUGUGCAAAUGUGUGUAUAUAUGCGAACAAUAUGUACAUUGGAACAUUUUUUUUUGUUUGUUUAUGUUUUCAACAAGGUUUUUUGUUUGUUUGCUUUUGUUAUUUUUUUUUUUUUUACAUUUUUGGGGUUGUGAAGGGCAUUUUGUAUCAAGACUUUCUGCUAAAUAAGACUGCGUCAGACAAACUGAUAUGGGGAGCGCUUACAUGGACCAGAGCAUUGGAACACUCACCUGGAACAACAGACUUUGUGAAGCUUUCCGUGGUAACCAUGCUCACAAUAAGGAUUGAACAAUUCCAUUUUCUACAUUGCUCUUCUUUAGAAUCUUGUAUUAGAAGUAUGUUUCAUAUUCUGGAACUGCACUCCAAGGAGUUCUACCCAUUUCCCUGUGCCUGCUGGGAUUUAAUCGCUGAUUGCCAUGAAGGCUCAGUUGGAACUUUAUGGACUAGGAGAAGAACUCAAAGAAUGGUCCUGGAAUAACACGCCAAUCUCCUCCUCCUCCUCACUGUCUGUGUUUCGGGAGACACUCUGAGGCACACGCCUCACCUAUGACAGUUGUUGCAUGCAAAUAUAUGGCUGGCUUGGGUAUCAAGCCACUAGAAUACGUCAAACUAGCAAUACAUACACACCUACAUACAAGUCCAGUUUCGAAGGGCAGACUUUGUUUCGAGUUAACAGCAGCUGAAGCCUACACAGAUGAGCAUGGCUGUAUAUAUUUGAUAAAAUGCACCUUUUAGGUGUUUGGAGUUUUCUUCCUUGACAUGUAGAUUGUGGGGGAUACAUAUGAAUGAAAGGUUGGGUGGGUUUAGGGUAGGGUAGAGGGCAGAGAAAAUAUGAACAGAAGUAGGAGAAAGGGGUUGAUGGAAGUUGGCGAAGUGAAUGUACUCAGCUGUUGUAAGGGUUGAUUCAGUUCUAGACCUGAAGCCGUGAAGUACUUGGGUGGGUUUUUGUAGGCAAUUAAACAACUGUGCAAUGUAGUUUCUAAUGGUCAGCUAAGUAGAAUAAGACUAUGUGCUUCAUCUUUUCCACAAACUGUUAUUAGGUUACUUAAGACAAUUAAUGCCCUUAUAUCACUGUGAAGAGACUGUAAAAAAGGCUCAUUGACAUACAACAUUUAAAAAAUCUGCUUGGAGGCGAACAUGGCCUACUUCCCCAAAUCGCAUUGAAUUAUCAUCAUCGUCAUCAUCAAAACAAUAAUAAAAUAUUUCCCAUAUA